AUGUGUGAGGGACCCUCAAUGCUUUCCGGACCCAUACCUCCAGACCCCUGUCUUUUUCCGGAAUACUACAAACGACCGUCUUCUGCGCGGGGACGUCUUGAAGGGAACUCAAAGGGGGUGGCUUCACCCCUGCUGAAUGGGCCUUUGGCACCAGAUCCUGCUCUCUACCCAGGAUGCUACAGUGCCCGUACCCCUCGACCUCCACGCAUUGGCCAAAAUGCCACACACAUCCUUGAAAGGGGUCAGAGAGGGGUUGUGGGAUCCAUCCUCAAACUAGAGGGGGUCUCACUUAGCCAUCCUACUAAACAGAAGCCAGCAGCGCGUGAUUUUGGGAAAGAGAACGUCCGCAGGCUUCGGGAGAUCCAGAGACGGUGCCGUGAACAGGAGGCACAAAGAGAGCGCGCCAAGCCUGCCCCUGUUAAAGCUCUGUGGACCUCUCCCAAAUACCAGGACAUCCCCUCCAGGGUCAUGGCCCAGCUGCAGGAAACUAGCCCACCAAAGAAGCCUGAAUGUCAGAAUUUCCUGAAAGCUCACUCUCAUUGUGGCUCUGGGAGCUCCCCCCUCCCUCGCCGUUCCUCAGUGGAGUCAGACCCAGAAAUGCAGGUGAGAGGUCGUAUGGUGGACUUUGUGAGACACAACGCGAGAGCGGCUGGAAAGACUACACUAAAGCGUUCCCAGUCUCUCCAGAACCUCCGGAACAAAGAGCCACCCAGUGCAGUCAAGGGCCAAGUCCCACAGUAUCUGGAGGAGAGGAAGGAGCAAUGGCGAAAGGAGGCAGAGGAGAGAAAGAGGAACACCCCUGAUCCCUCUGCUCCACCCGGACACACUCUGAUGGCCGAUAAAGAGAGACGGGAGACUUUGCAGUCACUCAAAGACACCCACAAAACUCUCGUAAGUGAGUUGUUAUCGCUCCCUGUGAGAGCUGACACCCUGAGUGUUCGCACCCGCCGUGCUGACCUCGACCGUCGGCUCUCGGAGUUAGAAGAAGCCAUCAAGAUCCUCUCUCGAGACAAAGUCUAUGUCAAAAUUGAUUCCUAA